AUGGCGGCGCUAAAGCUCUCCUCGUCGCCGCGGCCAUCUUCUUCGUCUCCGCCGCGUCAGCAUUGCCCGCAUUGCCGGCGGCGCGAGACUGCGUCAACGGAGCAUCAAUCCACACUUCGUCCUCGUCGCUCUCGCCUCGACUCCGCUCACUACAGCCGAGCUGCGCGCGGAGCUCGUCGAGAAGGCGGCUCCUCCUCCCAAGACGCUAGGACCCGUUCGCGGAAUCACAAAAUCACCAUCUUCGCGGCACCAAAACGAAGGCCCUACGGAGACGUCGACCCCGCGGAGGUCAAGGCGUUCCUCCUCGGGGAGCCCCACCUCAACUCCCUUCCAAACGCCUCGCUCCUCUUCACUGUCAUUCCGGGCAGCCCUCCCACCGCGACUCCCUCAGCGCGGUCCCACUCCGCUACGCGCCUCUCCGGCGACGAGAAUCCACGUGUCCAACGGGUCCGUGCGGAAGGACUUCUAAUCGCCGGCCGAAGCCUGGCCUGCCAGUCGCGCCGUGCUCACCACGCGAGGCCGCCGGAGGUCGACCGAGCGACACACCGCCUCAAGAAGGCACGCGCCCGGUCCGCAGCCGGGGUCCGACCGGCGCUCCCGGUCUACGCACGCGCUGGCUCCCGGGCGCCGUCAUCGCGCCGGCGGCCCGCUCCGGGUCCCGGACCGGCAAGCGGCCACUUCGACGGGGAGAGCCAGGUCAAGGAUUCAUCACACCGCUAAUCGCUCUACGGCGGCUACAACGAGCUCGCCGACAUCUCGCAACUCACGAACCGCACCGAAAUGGGCCGCCUGCGUGUCGAGGGCUACGGUGCUCACCGUGCGCUCGCCCCGAACGAUGAGGCGAGGAAGCUGACGGCGAACAAGCUCAGCGAGCCCGGGCCGGACGCCCCGAGCAGAUCGCUACUACCACCUGAUUCCCCGAGUACCAGACCGAGGAGAGGCAUGUACACCUCGGUGAGGAGGUUGCGGGAAGGUGAAGUACGACAGCUGAGGCUGCCCCAAACGGUGGUCGCAGAUGAGGCCCGACGGUCGGUGAAGUUCGAGGGGGAGGGGUCGGCCUACCUGUCGAUCCGACAUGCUACCUACACGGACGGUGCAGAUCUCUGUUCGGGGAUCGAUUCCCGUGCUUUUCCGCGCGAGGCAGGAGACGCCGGCGGGCCGCCGGACGGGCGCCCGGUCCGCGGCGGUGGCAGAAGAAGAAGGUGA